AUGUCCAGAGUUUUGUUCUGGAACUCCGCCUUCUCAGACACCCUGUGGUGCAAAAACCUAAAAGAGCGUGAUCCUGUGAGGAACGCAUCAUCUCAGGGAGCUCUCAGGGCCCUGAGAGGCAGCAGCCCAGACAGCUCCAUACGCCCUCCCACUGAAGCACUAUGCCUUUCCUCUGACUGUCCAGACCCUGCUCUCUCUCUGCAGCUCUUUUGUUCGUCCAUGUCUUUAGCUCAGCGCAGCAGUGAGAGGCCUGUGAAUGAAGAGGGCAGAGAGCAGAGCGGAGGGGAUGGAGAGAACUCUGUGUCUGCGUCUAAACGAGCUCAUCGAGUCUCUAUCAGCUUCUACUGCUGCGUGAGGAGAAUACUGCUGCUGCUGCUGCUGCUGCUGCACUAA